GCCGAGUGUCAGCGGCGCCACUGGAGGGAGGGGCACAAGGAGGAGUGCAGGCGCUUGCAAGCGGAGCGCGCGGCGGCGGCGGGCCCGGGGGACGGCGACAUAACCGCGGCGUCGGCGGCGGCGGCGGCGGCGGCGGCCCCGGCCCCGGCUUGA